AGAUGGCCCAAUAGAAAUAUUAGAAUUAAAAUUAGAAUUAAAAAAAUUAAAAUGCGGAGAUGAAAGAACUUCUAAAGCCGCUAGUCCGCUACCCAUUCUGCCAAGCUAGUAAAGCCGCUCCCAAUUCUGCGGUUCUGCAGUUCUGCCAGGCGGCCAGGUGACGUACCAAUCUGCAAACCAGGUAAUGAUCCCUCCAAAUUUUGAGAUUUCAACAGUAAUUCGUUAUGUUUUAAUGAUUUCUGAUUUUCCUCAUAUUCAAUUUUUCAUUCUUCUCCCAUCCGCAAUUCACUAUCAGCAUAGUUUUUUUUUUUUGAAAAAAUCAGCAUAGAUAUUAAAUUGAUGACUUAUUCUACAUCUAAUUUAUAAAUUAUUACUACCUCCGUCCCAAAAAACUUUGACAUUUCCAAAAAUUUGAACCUUAAAUUUGAUUUGUAUAACAUUAUAUAAGUUAUAAAUUUUAUACUUUUAUGAAAGCACUUUUAACAAAGAACAUUUUCAUAUAAUUUUUAUAUUAUAAAUCAUUUUUAAUAAAAAGAUAUAGCCGGUCAAAGUUUUGAAAAUGUCAAAGUUUUUUGGGACGGGGGUAGUAUUUAUUAAUUGUAUUAAACUUGAAACUUUGUGUUAUUCUUUUUCCUUUUUUCUUGCAGUUAUUCAUUUAUUAAAUUUAGCUUGAAAUUGUUUCUAUUAAACAGUGUUUCCAUAUUUGAUAUUUACUAACUUGUAAUAUACCUAAUAUUUAGUGCUAAAUUAUUAUUUUAUAGUAUCUACUAUGACAGGGAAACGGAAACAAGAGUCAAGAGCUUUAAAGAGAAAAAUUGUUUCACUUCAUAUUUUCGUAAAAAAUGGUGUUAUAAUUUUCUAAUCACUUCAUAUUUAAUUAUGUUAUUAAUUUUAAAUACUAUUAAUCAUUUUUUGUCUGGGGCAUCAAAACUGCAAACUCUGCUACUUAUUGCUCUUGCAUAGAACUCUGAAGAGGAAAGCGUUCCAAAUUUGACUAUCGCCUUGCAUACCAAAAUUGACUACUAAUGUAUUUUGUUUAAUCUCUAAAUUACUAAGUUUAAAAAAGAGGAGCAAAACCGAAGUCUUGCAAGUUGCAAAGUCAUGGCUGUGUUCGGAGACGACGGUGAUCUAUCCAAUCUAAAAGAGAGAGUCCAUUAUCAUCUCCAAUUCGAUGGCGCCAUCAUCUUCUUCUUCUUCUCUUCACGCUCACAGCACCAGCAUGAUUUUUAUGUUUGCUGCUGUGUUCCUGAAUCUCUUCCACCUGAGCGAAGGAAAAACCUGCGCCCCUUCUUCGUGCGGCCAUAUCCGCAACAUCAGCUACCCUUUCCGGCUCAAUACCGACCCUAAACACUGCGGAGACGAGAGAUUUACCCUGUUCUGUGAAAACAAUAAUGCUACAGUGCUCCAUUUCAACUCCGGCAAGUACAAUGUCCGCUCAAUCAAUUACACCGCCCUCACAAUCAGAGUGUCCGAUGUCGGUGUUCGUGAAGACGAUUGCUCCUCCUUCCCAAUUUCUCCUCUCAGCGGCCGUUAUGAAUACCUGACAGACACUAUGGUCUUAGUGAGCUGCCCGAUUCCAUUGAAUUCCCCAUCUUUCAUUGACACUUCUCCUUGCUUUAGCAGCGGAAAUUAUUCGUACCUAGCUCCUGCCAGAAAAACGGGUUUAGGGGAUUUGCAGGUUGGUUGCAGCAUAGUGAAGUCAGUUUUGGUACCAGCAGGACGAAAUUAUACGUCGUAUGAAGAGAUUCAUCAGGAUCUCUUUUCUGGCUUUGAACUCUACUGGGAUCGUGCAGGAAAGUACAGUGGAUGUUCAAUUUGAAGAGAUACACUACUCAAAUUAUAUUUUUUAUGUUUUUCUUAUAUCCACCUUGUGUUACCUUUUUGUUAUAACAGCUGCCCCUGCACAUUAUGUGUAUAUGUGUGAAAUUUACCACUUCUUGAGGAUUAAUCACGGUUCAUGCAGGCAAGUUGGUGAGUAUAUAUGCUAGGAGGUUUCCUUUGUGACUCAAAUUUUAUGGCAUUCAUCACAGUAUCAUUCAAAUGAAUCAGCGAAAGAAAUUGAUCUGCCUUCAUUACUGCUAUUUAAUUGCUUACAUUCCUGACUUGUUAUGCUCUUAAGCAUAUUUGCCUAAUCUUAUUUCAAUUAUUCAUACUUCUGCUCCUGAACUGUUCUUUUUUUCUCUCCGGCCAAUGAAGAUGCUAGAAAAGUUCGCGCUGUUGUCAUCCAAAUAUUGUAUACUUUAAAGGGAUCCGGUUUGGAUAUAAUCUAUCUGAUCUGUCUCCUUCAAGCAGCAAAGGCAUCAAUAGGGGCUCCAUUUAUGAUUGCAUUGCUGAUCUACACAUGGCGAAGGAGACAUUUAUCAGCUUACGACAAAGUAGAAGACUUCCUGAAGAACCAUAACAACCUCAUGCCUAUAAGGUAUUCUUACUCCGAGAUUAAGAAGAUGACAGGGGGGUUUAAGGAGAUGUUAGGAAAAGGAGGCUUCGGUGCAGUAUAUAAAGGAAAGCUCCGUAGUGGUCAUUUUGCUGCUGUAAAAAUGUUAUUGAACUCGAAAGGUAACGGAGAAGAUUUCAUUAGCGAAGUUGCAACCAUUGAAAGAAUUCAUCAUGUAAAUGUGGUGCAACUGAUUGGUUUUUGUGUGGAGGGGUGUAAGCGGGCUCUUGUGUAUGAAUUCAUGCCAAAUGGCUCUCUUGAUAAAUAUUUGUUGUCUCAAGAAGGAUUGACCUCGACAAUGUCUUGGGAGGAAAUGUUUCGGAUCUCUGUAGGGGUUGCUCGUGGCAUUCAGUAUCUACAUCAAGGCUGUGAUAUGCAAAUACUUCAUUUUGAUAUCAAGCCCCAUAACAUUCUCCUCGAUGAAAAUUUCACCCCAAAAGUAUCUGAUUUUGGUCUCGCAAGGUUGUACUCGAAGGCAAACAACACCAUUGCAACUUUGACUGCAGCUAGGGGGACUAUUGGAUACAUGGCACCAGAACUGUUCUAUAAGAAUAUUGGACGUGUCUCGUACAAAGCAGACGUUUAUAGCUUCGGGAUGCUAGUAUUAGAUAUGGCUGGAAAGCGGAAUAAAUUGAAUAUAUCAACAAACGAUUCAAGCCAGUACUUCCCAGAAUGGGUUUACAACCAAGUAUCUGAGGGAAGAAAUGGAGAGAUUGGAGGUACUACAGAGGAGGAAAAUAAAAUAGCUAAAAAGAUGGUUAUGGUGGGGUUAUGGUGUAUUGAGAUGAAUCCUUGUAACCGACCAUCCAUGAACAAAGUUGUUGACAUGCUUAAUGGUGACGUGGACGGUCUGCAGUUGCCUCCUAGAGCUGUUUCAGAACCUAUAGAAGCAUGGGUCAACGAUGAAACAGAUAUGUCAUUCGACUAUUCCACAGAGUCAACCAGUUUGAUCUCGAAUUUUAAGUAAGUUAGUGGUAGUACAUGAACUACCGUAUUGUACUUCGGAAACAAUUGAUAUCCAAUUCAUAUAAUGUGGUUUUUGAAUGAAUAACCAAUGCAUUUUGUUUUUAUUGCAAUGUGAUGCAUGUUAUGAAAUAUACUCGAUAAUAUAACGU